AUGGUGACUACCAUAGAGGACGUGCACGCGGACGUGCUGGCCUGCGCGCUGCGGCGCCUGGACGGGCGCUCGCUGGCCGCGGCGAGCUGCGCGACGGCGGGGCUCCGCGCGCUGGCCGCCGACCCGGACACCUGGCGCGCGCUCUGCCUCGCGCAGUGGCCAUCCCUCGCGGCACACCCCGGGCUCCUCUCCGCCAUCCCGCCGCGCCGCCUCUUCGCCGACGCGUCCCCGUUCCCGCGCGCCCAGCUCCCCCCCACCCCCCUCCUCCUCCCCGAUCACCUCCUCUCCGCGGUGGACGUGUCCCACCGCGGCACACCACUCCUCUCCCGCGUGGUCUCCACGCCGGGGUGCUCCACGCCCUGGUUCCGCGGCGCCCCGUUCCGCGUCGACGCGGUGGACUGCAAGAAACCCGCGCCCAUCACGGCGCCCUUCUCCCCGGCGGAGCUGGAGCUGAGCUGGCUGGUCGUCGACCCCGCGCGCGGCCGCGCGGUGAACGUGUCCAGCGGGCGCGCGGUGGCCGUGGGCCGGCACUGGUACACCGGGGAGACACUCGUGCGGUUCGCGGUCGUGCUGGGCGGGUGCUGCUUCGAGACCACCGUGGCAUGCUCCGAGGAGGCCGCCCACGUCAGCGAGGUCAGCCUCGCCGUCGAGGACGCCGACGGCUCCGCGCUCAGCGGCGAGGGAGCCCUCCGGCUCCUCGCCGCGGCGAUGGUGGGGGAGAGGAGGGGCGGCGAGCGGGAGCGGGAGGAGGUGAGGGCGAGGUACCAUGCGUUUGUGAGGAGCAAGAAGGGGAGGAAAGAGAGCAGGGCGCGGCGCGAGGCCAUCAUUGACCUCUGCUGCUCCGCCGCCAGCGCCGUCGUCGUGCUCGCCUUCAUUGCCUCCGUCGUGCUCCGGUGAUCGCCUACUACUGCCCGGCACGUCAUCAUCAUCAAGGAAAAUAGUCGUUUUCUGUAUAGUUACAGAGAAAUGCCUGUGAAGUUUCUGUAUUCCAAAAAUGAUUCGCAGCAUCAAGUGGGAAGGAACUACUAUCGUGUA